AUGACAAAUUCAGAUAAAUCACCUAAGAAGUCCGAAUUUGAUAAUGUAAACGGAUUCGAAACAGAAGACCAAAGAACAGUUCUUCAAUUUGCACAAGAUAUUGAGAAAUAUCUUGAAAAACACGGAGAUAAUAAGUUGACAUCAAAACGAAAUUUAAUUGCUGCAAAGAAUGCACUCGAAAGGUGUAAUUUACCUCUUACAUCAAUUGUUUUUCAUCAAGAAGUUCGAAGACAACUAGAUAACGGUUCUGAUAAUGUAGUCGAACUCGAAAUAUCACCACCAGUAUCAAUUACAAUUGCAGAACUUCGUAAUUUAUAUACAUCUGUUAGUGCUCAAUGUGAUAUGGAUAAAGAAUUAUUGAAAAAAUUAAAAUCGAAAUAUACAUCAAAUCUAAAAGAAAUUCGAUCAGAACUAGAGGAUAUAUCACAAAAACACAAGGAAUACAAACAGAGACAAACAAAAAAGAGAUUGGAUAAGUUAGAAGAACUUCUUAGGAAAACAAUUUAG